GUGAGUUCCUGUGCUGAGAAGUGACGGUGACAGACACGGAGCUGAAGUCUGGGUGGAUCCGACCAGGAGCCGAAGUCUGGGUGGAUCCGACCAGAACCGGGACUGACAACCACCACACACGAUGGUAGCGCCUGGAAACUUCCAUCCAAACUUUUUAAACAACCGCCUGUGCUCUCGUUUAAACUCCGUGGUGUGUUCACGCGGUAGCUGAGGACACACUUCACCUGAGAGACAACACAAAAGAAACAUUAAGUCAACAUCACCAGACUGAAGCCACCUCCGUCUCUUCAAAGUCACACAACAAGGUCCUCUCUCGUACCUACAAUGCCGACCCUUGUGGACAGCGGUGACCUGCAUGCAGUUUGCUCCGAGCUGCCUGCCAUGUUUGAUGGCAUGAAGCUGGCAGCGGUGGCAGCGGCCCUGUACAUCAUCGUCCGCUGUCUGAACCUGAAGAGUCCCACAUCUCCACCAGAGAUCGUGUAUCAGGACACAGCGCUCAGCCGCUACCUGCUCAAGUACUGCCCCAUGCUGACCAAAGAAUACAUUCCUCCCUUGCUGUGGGGGAAGAGUGGUCAUCUCCAGACGGCCCUGUACGGCAAGAUGGGACGUGUCAACACACCAACGCCCUGCGGGGUCCGCAAGUUCCUCCCGAUGCAGGAUGGAGCGACAGCGACUUUCGACCUCUUCGAAGCCCGAGGGGAUCACAGCACAGGAGGUGAUGUUACCAUGGUAAUCUGCCCUGGGAUCGGUAACCAUAGCGAGAAGAACUACAUUCGGACCUUUGUUGAUCAUUCCCAGCGGCAGGGUUAUCGCUGUGCAGUCCUCAACCACCUGGGAGCGCUGCCCAACAUGGAGCUCACGUCGCCGCGCAUGUUCACUUACGGUUGCACCUGGGAGUUUGCAGCCAUGGUGGCUUACAUCAAACGGGCCUUCCCUGAGACGCACUUGGUGGUGGUGGGCUUCAGUCUUGGGGGGAACCUUGUCUGUAAAUUCCUGGGUGAGAACCCAUCCAACCAGGAGCGCGUGCUGUGCUGUGUCAGCGUGUGUCAGGGGUACAACGCCCUCAGGGCUCAGGAAACAUUCUUUCAGUGGGACCAGUGCCGGAGGCUCUACAACUUUGUGUUGGCGGACAACAUGAAGAAGCUCAUCCUGUCACACAGGAGCAGUUUGCUGGACUUGAGCUCCAGCUGCAUUAGGGAUGCAGACCUGAUCAGACUGUGUGCAGCCACCUCUCUGAUGCAGAUAGAUGACAGCAUUAUGAGAAAAUUCCAUGGAUACAGCUCCUUGAAGGAGUACUACGAGAAGGAAAGCUGUGUUCACUACAUCAACAAAGUCACUGUGCCUCUCCUCCUGGUUAACUCCUCAGACGACCCACUGAUCCAUCAGUCACUACUGGAUAUUCCUCGCACACUUGCAGAGAAGAUGCCCAAUGUGAUAUUCGCCCUGACCCAACAUGGAGGCCACCUGGGUUUCUUCGAGGGAGCUGUGCUGUUUCCUCAGCCGCUCACUUGGAUGGACAAGGUCAUAGUGGAGUACACAGACGCCAUCUGCCGCUGGGAGAAGAACAGGCCAGUCUGUCAGAGGAGCAGCCACCAGGACGUGAACCCCUGCCUGCAGAGCACAAGGGUAACCCUCAGUGGGUAACACAUACUGUACAUAUACGUACUACUGGAGACAAAACAAAAGACCAUAAGAGACGCACACACAACUGCUCUACUUUGAUACUAAUGGCCUUAACCUAGCUAGAUUAACUAAGACAGGCUGAGUGGAAGUGAGUAAAACUAAAUGAAAAGUAAAACAUACAGAUAUAAUAAGACCUUCGGGGGUAAUAUGUCCCCUGCUCUAUAGCAACCAUGAUUUCUCUUUUUAACAUGCUGAUGGGAGGGGUAGUUCUUUCAUUAUUAUGCACACAGUCUUGUACUUUUGCCUUUUUUCCGUUUUCCAAAGGGUUCUUUUCAGCAUCAAGUUUUUUAUGGUCACAAUUAGUCUUGCAGCUGCUCGGCCUGGUUCCAGGCUUAAAACUUUUUUAUAACGGUUUUCUGACACAUCAAUGGAGAAAAUGAGUGGAACAUUUACUCCUAGAGCCAGAACUGUUCUAAAAGUGGGCUGUCAUUGUUCUAUACUUGAGUAUCCAUCAGUCAGUUGACACACACUGCGAGAAAGUGUGUAGGACACACUGUUUUCGGCAACCAGUUUGAAGUCUUAAAAUCUUAAGAAGAAGAAUUUCAAAUAUACCUGAUGCUCCACUCAGGUUUUAAAGCAUAUUACGGCUAUUCAACAGAUUUGAGUUUCAGCUUCUCGAAUCUGAUGAGCAGCAGUACAGCAUGGUUUAUUGUUUACAGUGGUGGUCGUAAUGGUUGUUACGAUUUUAAUUUACUGAAGCUGCAUCUGUUGUUUUAUUGCAGCAAAUAACUGUUAAACAAUGGAGGGUUUGGUUUGUUUAUUUGGUUUGAGGCUUCAUUUUGUUCAUUUUGACGCUGCUGACCAGUUUCUUUGUAUUUUAAUGGUAUGUGACUGAUCGUCAACCUGCAUUCUUGCUCCUGACCUUCAGAAUAAAAUAAUCACAUCGGCUUUUAAAGAUGUUACAAAAACUCAGUCAGAAGGACAUUGUAUUUGUAUUUUUUAAUGAUUUGUGUAGUUGACUGGAAAUAUGGACCGUUAAUACAAACUAGCUUUAGCAUUGCACUCCAAACUGUGUAGUUCUCUGGGUCAGCUUGUCCCAUUCAGUUUUUUCCCCACAAGCCCAACUACAGCUGUUUGGACCAUUAUGCCUUUUUUGGUUAUUGCCACAAAAAUGUGCUUUGACACGUCUACAAACCAGAGCAGGAGAUUGUCAGAAAAUAUACUGAAGCAAACAGCUGCUGCGUCGAAGUGUGUUUACGAAUAGUUAAACAGGAAGGAGAGAAAAGAGUGUGACUGGGACGUAAACAGCAAGUGUAUAAAAUUAAAAAUCUAGCGUUUGAUUCUCAGUUAACACACGUACACACAAACUAAUGGACCAAAGCACUUUUGACUUUAAAAUACAAAGCAGCUCAACUUUUCAUUUUUAAUGAUGCUACUGCAUUGCGGCAAAACAUAACCAAGGGCAAUAUUUAAACCAAGGCUAACUACUAGUUUUAAUAAGUGUCCAGUUUCCUGGGUUUGUAUAAAGCUGCUUAUUGCUGCAUACAAGAUGGAUGGAGUUUAUUACAGUGAAUAGAGUGAAAACGUUUCUUUCAUUUAAAACACAGAAAACUAUUUACAGAAUUUAGCUGUGGCUCAUGAUUUGGUACAUUUCCAUGUGAAAUGUGUUGCUACAAUGAGAGGUCAAUCAAACAGCUCAGUAGAGCACGUACCUCCACCAAGGCCCAAAAGUUCCCUCUCUCAUAGAGAUCAGUUCCAGUUCCCAAUGAGCCUGAUUCUUUUCCAUCAAGACCCAUGAUUUAUUCCCUGACGACAACAACACAGCACAUUAUAGUGCUGUACUUGAAAUUCCAGUGAGUUGAAUCUGAGCUUCGUUGAUAUAAACUGUAAUUUAAAGUAAUUUCUGCCAAAUUCCAUGCAAAUGGAAAAAAUUAGCAAUAAGACAUUAAACAGCACUGCUUGAUUGACGACCCGGAGCCAUACUGCAUUGCUGGCAUCACUUUGUAUAAUUAGAACUCAGUAGAGUGACAGUCUUUAACAGUCUCUUUAUGAAGCCACAUUAAAAUUCACUAAUUCUAGAUUUCUAUUUGGAUCUGCACAAAAGUGCUCACACUCCAUCAUUGUCUGAGAAAAGCAAUGAAAAUAUUAACACAGGCCCGAUGUUGCAAUGUUAAAGAAAGUGAAAAAAAACUGGAUCUGCACAAAACUUUCUCUACUGACCCGUACCACACCAAUACAUAAAGUUUAGUAGUAAUCUGUUCUGUAGUUUUUAUGUAAUCAUACUUACAAAAUCAAACAAACAAACGGACAGGGGUAAAACAACCUCCCUGGUGGAGGUAAUAACAGGUGAACUUUAGUUUCCGGUUUAUUUUGGCCUCUUUCAUCAUGACUUUGAGAAGUGCCUAUGGUUUGUGUUUGAUGUUAAACUUAACUGAAUCCUUUAACCUGCAGCAGCAGCACUCCUCUGUCUAUAUGUACAGUACAGUAUGUACUCUUUUGCUUGCACUUUACUGUAUGUACAGUUGUUGUACUGUAUGACAAUGUGUAUCCUCAUAUGGGUGUAAUAUGAAUGUGUUCUGCUGUGAUGUGUUACAC